GGUCCUGCGCCGUUUCUGGAGCGGAUUGGAACCCGGAGUCAGGAUUCGAUAAAUGAAGGGUCUUUUGCAGAAAAGGUUGUCAUAAUGGCUGAGCAGGCACCAGAUGAGCUGAUCUGGUGUGAGGACUGUGGACAGUACCAUGACUCUGAGUGUCCUGAACUGGGACCUCUGGUGACUGUCCAGGACUCCUUCGUCCUCAGCAGGGCCAGGUCGUCUUUACCAAACAGCCUGGAGAUCAGACAGGUGGCUGAUGGGAAGGAAGGCGUGUUUGUCCUGCGCCGGCUGGUCAAGAGGACCCGGUUUGGGCCCUUUGAGGCCAAGAGGGUCUCUCAGGUGGAGAAAGAGGGAGCGUUUCCUUUGAAGAUCUUUCAGAAGGAUGGCGUGGUGGUGUGUUUUGACUCCAGCAGUGAGGAGGACUGUAACUGGAUGAUGCUAGUACGACCAGCCACAGACCACAAACACCAGAAUCUGACUGCCUACCAGCAGGACGAUGACGUGUACUUCAACACCUCACAGGAUGUGCUGCCAGGAACUGAGCUGAGGGUUUGGUAUGGAGCUUUCUACGCAAAGAAGAUGGAGAAGCCCAUGCUAAAGCCUCCAGUUCAACCUCCACCACCUCCAGCAGAUGUGAAGUCUUCGUCUGCUAAAACAGAGAGCACAGAGAAAACUGGAGCCUGCAUGCCUUCAGUAGACGAGGAAAAUAAUGGAGGUAGCAUGCUGAGUCAUCUCCAUGAGGUAAAGACAGUAACAAUGCCUCCAGUCGAGGAGAGCCUUAUGAGUCCUGUUGAGGAGGAGGGAGAGCCCCCUCCUGCAGCUCCUGCGGGCCCCAGGAGAGGGCAGGGCCGAGGGAGGAGAGUGAAGGGACGCAAGCUUGGAGCUGCAGCUGCUGCGAGCAAAAACAAAGAUGUGAAACCUCAGGUGCAGGGCUCAGAGCCAACAGCGUCACAGUCGGUAGCAGCGGCACCAGCUGCAGCAGCAGCAGCAGCAGAGAGCAGCAGCAGCCUGCCUAAUGCUACAGACAGCACAGCCGCCCUGAAGAGACACAAAGUCAGAGAUCACAAGAGGAUCUACCGCUGCACCCUCUGCAGCAAGGUUUUCCAGAACAGCAGCAACCUGAACAGACACAUCAGAUCUCAUGGUGAUAAGCUGUUCAAAUGUGAUGAAUGUGACAAGCUGUUCAGCCGCAAGGAGAGUCUAAAGCAGCACAUCUCUUACAAGCACAGCAAGAACAUGCCUGACCUGGAGUACAAAUACAAAUGCAACACAUGUGACAAAUCCUUCCGCCUGGAAAAUGCCUUAAAGUUCCACAACUGCCGUACAGAUGACAAGACGUUCCAGUGUGAUAUUUGCUCACGGUUCUUCUCCACCAAUAGUAACCUCUCUAAGCACAAGAAGAAGCACGGCGAAAAGCUCUACUCGUGUGAGAUCUGCAACAAGAUGUUCUACCGCAAAGACGUCAUGCAGGAGCACCAGAGGAGGCACGGAGUGGGAUCAAAGCACAUGAAGAGAGAGGAGCUGGAGGCCAAUGGAGAAGAAGGGACCAAGUACAGGAAGGAGCCCUCGCCCUGUCCCAUCUGUGGCAAGGUGUUCUCCUGCAGGAGUAACAUGAACAAGCACCUGUUGACUCACGGUGAUAAGAAGUACACCUGUGAGAUCUGCGCUCGUAAGUUCUUCCGCGUGGACGUCCUCAGAGAUCACAUUCAUGUACACUUUAAGGACAUCGCUUUGAUGAAUGAGCAGGAGAGAGAGGGCUUCAUUAAAAAGAUCGGCAUAUCAGCAGGAGACAGUGAUGAAACCGAUGAGGAUGAAGAGGAAGACGACCCUGAACACCAUAAAUACAACUGCAAGAAAUGUCAGCUGUCAUUUGCAAAGGGCAAAGAGUAUCUGAAGCACAUCAUGGAGCAGCACAAGGAGAGAGGCUACGGCUGUGGCAUCUGUAACAGACGCUUUGCUCUGAAGGCCACCUACAACGCUCACCUGGUCAUCCACAGAGAGCAGCUGCCAGACCCCGCAGUGCAGAAGUACAUCCAUCCAUGUGAAAUCUGUGGGCGAAUCUUCAACAGCAUCGGCAACCUGGAACGGCACAAGAUCAUCCACACAGGGGUGAAGAGCCACAGCUGUGAUAAAUGCAACAAAUCAUUCGCCAGGAAGGACAUGCUGAAGGAGCACCUCAGGGUCCACGAUGACAUCAGAGACUUCCUGUGUGCAGAGUGUGGAAAAGGCAUGAAGACCAAGCACGCUCUGAGGCAUCACAUGAAGCUUCACAAAGGUAUCAAAGAGUAUGAGUGUAAGGAGUGUAACCGCAAGUUUGCCCAGAAAGUCAACAUGCUCAAACACUACAAGAGACACACAGGUAUAAAGGACUUCAUGUGUGAGCUGUGUGGAAAGACGUUCAGUGAGAGGACGACGCUUGAAACGCACAAACUCAUCCACACAGUGGGCAAGACUUGGACGUGUGCCACAUGUGAUAAGAAGUACCUGACGGAGUACAUGCUGCAGAAGCAUGUCCACCUGACCCAUGAGAAGGUGGAGGCUCAGUCCUGUCACCUCUGUGGGACCAAAGUGUCAACGAGAGCCUCCAUGAACCGACACCUGAGACGCAAACACCCCGAGGUGGUGUCCGUCAGGAUCGAUGAAUUUGAUGAUCUUCAGGAACCUUCGACAAUCAAUGAUUCUUCCAUUAGCAUUGUGCAGCCCUCUCUGACUCUCGAAAAAGACAGCCUGGCUCAGGAGAGGCCCAGCAGACCCACGCGACACCCGAAGAAAAAGCAGCGAGUUCAGGUGGAGCCGGAGCUUUCUGAGUCUGACGAGUAUGUGGAUUUCACCGAGCCGAGGCAAGAAUCCAUGACUGAAUUCAACGCUGUUAUUGUCGGAGACGAGACAGAAACCAGCUCUGCUGUGCAGAGUAUCCAACAGGUGGUGGUCCUGGCCGACCCCAGCGCUCCAUCAUCCUCCUCCCCUAACAGCUCUGUGAGUCUCACCAACAUCACCGUCACUCCCAUCACAAGCCAUGCCCCGGCACAGUUCACCAGCUUGCAGCCUGUCGCUGUAGGUCACCUGACCGCCAGCGACCGCCCCCUCACUCUGGACAACUCCAUCCUCACCGUCACCUUCGACACAGUCAGCGGCUCGGCCAUGCUCCACAACCGACCCGCCGAGCUCAUCCCAGAGACAGUGGGACCGGGCGGAGCGGCCACGCAGCAGUCUGUCGCCCACUUCAUCAACGUCACCACGCUGGUGAACCCUAUGAGCCAUCAGCUGGAGGCGCCCACGCUGGCCUGGAGGCCCGUUCCCACUGCUGAGGGGAGCCAAGUGACCCCUGUCCUGGAGGCUGCUCAUGUGGAGGGUCAGGAGGGCCAGAGUCAGGGGCCAGAGCCAGGCCGGUCUGUCCAGAGCCAACCACCCGCCGCGCAGCAGCAGAGUGGGUCAGCCCAGCAGAUGUUCAGCUACUGACGCAGAGAGCAGAGGUGCAGGUCACCUCAAACAAAGACACUGUAACAUAGUAGAGUAGAUUUUUUACUGUAAAACUCCACCAUCACACAGAUGCCUCUUAAGUCCAUGAAGAGAAUGAAACUGACUUUUCCUUUUUAUACGGAAAAAAAACAAAAGUGGCUGUCAUGAAAUUAAAAAAUCUGCCUAAACCUUCUCCUCUGGAAGAUUUCCAUUUGAAACCAAAGCUACAUGACGAACAUUAAAAUGCCUUAUCAGCCUUUUCAACCUGCAUGUUUUCAACAUAAAUCUGCUGCUUCAAACAUGAAAUAUGAAAACCUGAAAAAUCAAGUGAAGAAACAUUGGACUAUUCCUUUAAAGUGUCUCGCCUAUGAAAUGUUAUUUUUAAAUGCUGUAAUUAUUGUUGUUCAACUGUCUGGAAAUACUGGAAACUUUUUUACUGUUAUUUUUAAACAAGUACCUU